GCCACGUCAAGUUCAGUGAGGUAGUGCGCAUGCGCCUUCUGGAGAUUUCCUCACGUGGAGGGAGUAAAGGAGUCUCAUUUCCACGCUAGUUGACUGCAGCGCUGCUCCAGACAGACUCUCUCACAAAAAAAUGGCCUUCAGGAAGUUCCUCCCCCUGUUUGACCGGGUUCUGGUGGAGCGUCUCACAGCGGAGACGGUAACCAAGGGAGGCAUCAUGCUGCCAGAGAAGUCCCAGGGCAAAGUACUGCAGGCCACGGUGGUGGCAGUCGGCCCAGGCUCUGUUAACCAGGAUUUCUACAACUGGCCGGAUGAAUCGUUUGAGGAGAUGGACAGUACGCUAGCUGUUCAACAGUACAUCCAGCAGAACAUAAGGUCCGACUGCUCCAACAUUGACAAAAUCCUGGAGCCUCCUGAGGGUCAGGAUGAAGGCGUCUGGAAGUAUGAGCACCUCAGGCAGUUCUGUCUGGAACUUAACGGACUUGCUGUAAAACUGCAGAGUGAGUGCCACCCUGACACCUGCACCCAGAUGACAGCCACAGAGCAGUGGAUCUUCUUAUGUGCCGCCCACAAGACGCCCAAAGAGUGCCCUGCCAUUGACUACACCAGGCACACGCUGGACGGAGCUGCCUGUCUUCUCAAUAGCAACAAAUAUUUUCCCAGCAGGGUGAGCAUCAAGGAGUCAUCAGUGGCCAAGCUGGGCUCCGUCUGUCGCCGCAUCUAUAGGAUAUUCUCUCAUGCCUACUUCCAUCAUCGUCAGAUAUUCGACAAGUAUGAGAACGAGACGUUCCUGUGUCACCGGUUCACACGCUUCGUGAUGAAGUACAACCUGAUGUCCAAGGACAACCUGAUAGUGCCCAUCCUGGAGGAGGAAGUCCAGAACACCUCGUCAGCUGGCGAAAGCGAGGCCUAACGCCACCGCCGCCGCGCACAGCUCUAUAUCUAUACAGUACAGAGGAGGCGCACUCAUUCUGCAUAAAUAUAUCUGAAUAUAUGUAUAGACACACUACAGUGUAUGGAGACACUGUCCACGUCCCCCCGUUCCUCCCUCACUCUUCUGUCUGUAUCUGAGGAAGUAAAGCUAGCAGGAGCGGGGCUCGGCAGCCUGCAGGGUAACAUCAACAAGGUCACUUUCUCCUCACGGUUCCCACCCACUUUGUCCAUAGCAACGCCCUUUCUCCCCCCUAUCACUAUAUCAGGUUCUCUUUUGACCUUUGACACAAUAUUUUUAUGGGUUUUUGCAAAACAUUGAACCAUAUUUGCGUUUUGUUUAUCCCCCGGCAGCACAGUACUAGUCCUAAAGUUUAAACUCCUGAUUUUAGCCACCUGAUGCCUCCCACUGACCAGUGGCUUGCUGUGGACAUGGUGGGUUUGCCUCAGUUAUGACCCGCCCCCUUUCCUCUGUAUAUACACCCCACAUCAUGCUUCUCUUCACCUGUGUUGCUGACCUUCCUGCUUUGGGUCGGGGUUGUCCUAAUGAAAUGGAAAUAAAUAAAAACCUAGGUGUGAUGCUUGUGUGGUAGUAACCGAACCUUCACCUUUAGCUCUGUCCUGUGAUCUAGCAGUGAGAUGUUCCUUCUCGUCGGACUCUGAUCCUGCUUUAUGACGCGCACCAUGCGGCUAGUAUUUGUUAGCGGGAGCAGCAGCAGCAGAUUACCUGGCCUGUUCUAGCCAGGUUUGAAUCGAGCGCCGUGCUGAAGGAGGGGGAGUAUUGGCUACAUGAUGUGUCAGAGCACAACCCACUUCCUGCCUUCUUUAACCCUCUUCCUCAUUAAGUUAUUGUGUGGGAGGAGUCUCUUCAGUCCAACCCACUUGUUUGUUUUUUAAAUGGACUAAAAAUUUUGUUACUGUUGACAUUUUCAUGAUGUCUGUUAAUAAAAAAAGACCUAUUAUUCAUA